AUGUUCUCGGAAUACUGCUCUGAGCCGUACGUGAUUGAACCAAUUCGCGUCAUAUACCCUGAUGGCCGCGAAGUCAUAACACCCAACCUGGAUCCACGAAAAACAACCUUGCACGUGUCAUACGUGAAUCGCUGCACAGGCUUGAAGCAAACGGGAGAGGAGAUUGCUGGGCUGCUGAAACGCAUGGGACACGGUGCAUGUCCAUCGGCAUCUGACCCUGAUAUUGUCGAUGUUCUAAUCCCAGUAACACGACCUGAUAUUCUACAUGAAUGUGACUUGAUGGAGGAUGCGGCUGUGGCUCAUGGGUUCGACAACCUGCCAAAAACCUUCCCGCAAACCAACACGGUGGGAGGUCCGCUUCCCAUAAAUAAACUGGGUGAUGUAAUUCGACAUCAAUGUGCUCAGUCAGGAUGGCUGGAAGUGCUCCCACUUAUUUUGUGCUCACACGAUGAAAACUUCGGAUGGAUGAACCGCUCUGAUGAUGGCAAAACAGCAAUUGUUCUCGAAAAUCCCAAGACUUCAGAGUAUCAAAUUGUGCGUACAUCGUUGCUUCCGGGUAUCCUUAAAACGAUUCGCGAAAAUAAAAAUCACGCUCUUCCUGUCCAAGUUUUUGAAGUAUCAGACGUUGCAUUCAAAGAUGCUAGUGAGAAGCAAAGAAUGGCGCGUAAUGAAAGGCAUGUUGCAGCAAUUUACUGCAACAAAGCGGCAGGUUUUGAGAUUGUGCAUGGUCUUUUGGAUAAACUAAUGAUGAUGCUGGAUGUACCUCGUAUAUUUAAUGGUGACGAGAAAGCCCAGCGUGGUUAUUAUUUGCGUGAGGCAGAAGAUCCAUCGUUUUUCCCUGGUAGGGCGGCUCAUAUUGUGCUUCGCCAACCGGUGCCUUCCUCUAGAGGACUGGAAUCCACCCAUGAUCUCAUGCAGGCGCUAGGUGGUGAUCAAUGUGUUGGCACAAUUGGAGUCCUUCAUCCUGAAGUGUUGCACCGCUUUGACCUGGCAUUCCCAUGUUCAGCAUUUGAAUUUAAUCUUGAACCGUUCCUGUAG